AUGGCAUUGGAAAUCAAGAAGUUGAAAGUUUAUGGGGAUUCGUCAAUCGUAAUUUGUAAAACUCAAGGGAAAUGGAAAACGGAAGAUGAAAAGCUGAAACCCUAUCAGGAACACUUGGAAGGGAUAAUCAAGAAUUUUGAAAAAAUCACAUUCGAAUAUUUGCCAAGAGUCAACAACAGAUUUGCAGACGCUUUGGCCACCCUCGCCUCAAUGGUUGAAUGUAGCUUAGAUACCCAGAUCCGACCAUUUUUGGUAGACAAAAGAUGUGAGCCGGUGUAUGAAGAAUCAAUGAAUGUCUUGACAGUCGAUGGAAAAAUAUGGUUCGCACCCAUAAUUGACUUCAUCAGAGAAAGGAGGUAUUCUGAACAUUUCAUAGUGGGAGAAAAGAAGCGGCUACGAAAGUAUGCCAUGCUCUCAUGCUCCUAG